AUGGCAGAGAUUGCGGGCAUUGUGCUUGGGGCGGUACCUCUCCUCAUAUCCGCCCUAGAACACUAUCAAGACAUCAUCGGCCCCGUCAUCAGGUUCAAGAACUGGAGAGGAGAACUAGGGACUCUCAUACUGCGUCUUGUCACCGAGCGUGCUUCAUACGACCAGAACCUGCGAAUCAUGCUACUAAGGAGUGUGGGAGCAGAAGAAUUGGAACAGAUGAUUGCCGACCCUCAGAGUCAGCUUUGGAAUUCGAAAUAUCUCGCUGAUGACAUGGAAACCGAGCUAGGUCGAGCUUACAAACCAUGCAUGGGUUUGGUGAAGAAUAUUGCCGAGUCAUUAGAGACGAUAGCGACGAACCUCAACAUCGAGGGAUCAGAUAAGGUUCCGCGAGAUGGCCUGAGAGCAGUCGUUUCGGCAAAUGCUCCGGCAUCAAACGCCUCGGAAGGCAGCUCUCGUUUUCACUUCCGGAAACGAGUUGACUUCACGAUGAAGCGGCGGGAUCUCAGCAAGACUCUGAAGGCGAUGGAGGAAUACAACGACAAGUUGAGAGUCCUCCUUGAUGGAGCAGGCAAGAUUAAUUCCAUACAAGAGGAUGAAGGACUGUCUGCGAAUACUCGUAUGCGCACGAUGCUGGACGAAUACACCAAAGACGACAACGACGACGACAAUAACGAUAGCGACAGCAGAAAUAGCAACGACGACAACAACAAUGACGACAGCAGCAAUAGCAACAACGACAACAACAAUGACGACAACAACGACAGCAACGACCAAUAA